CUACAAAUAUUUUUGGCUAUCUUUUCCGGGCAGUUUAUAAGAAUCUGAUUUUUGUUUUGUUUUGUACCGUUUGUUGUUGUUUUUCUCCUGCCGGAAACCACUCUCUUCAUCCGCUCUACCACCAGCUUGGAAAGAAUUUCCGCUGCCUUUCAAAGUCAAAAGCAGCACACACACCCUUCUCAGCUCUAAUACCCCAUUAAUUUCUUCAGUUCUCUUCUGUAUUCACACUCCAGAAGUUCUUCAUCUUACCCCAUUUCUCGAUCGAUCGAUCCGAGGAAGAAGAUGAAGAGCAGAGGCAGAUUAGUAGGAGGCCGAUGGCGGAUCCCAGGGUUUCCCUUCGUCUUCCUCUUGUGCCUCUUCUUCUUCCUCGUCGGUUUCUUCGGGUCCUCCCUCUUCUCUCACAAGGAUGAAGGAAUUCUACGGCAAAGUCCUAGGAUGCUGGGGGAGUCGGUGGAGGGUUUCAAUUUGCUGCCCCACGGCGAGACUGGGGAGGAUUCUCUUUCUCUGAUCCCCUAUCAGGUUUUAAGCUGGUAUCCUCGUGCAUUAUACUUUCCCAAUUUUGCAACUGCAGAGCAAUGUGAAAGUAUUAUUGAAAUGGCAAAGGCACAACUUCAGCCUUCAACUUUAGCUCUUCGUAAAGGAGAAACCUUAGACAGUACCAAGGGGAUAAGGACAAGUUCUGGCAUGUUUAUAAGUGCAUCCGAAGACAAAACCAGAACUUUGUAUCUAAUAGAGGAGAAAAUUGCCAAGGUGACCAUGAUCCCGAGGUCUCAUGGAGAGGCGUUUAAUGUCUUGCGUUAUGAAGUUGACCAAAGCUAUCAUUCUCAUUAUGAUGCAUUCAGUCCCUCUGAGUAUGGCCCACAGAAGAGCCAAAGGGUUGCUUCGUUCUUGUUGUACCUUUCUAAUGUUGAGGAAGGCGGAGAAACAAUGUUUCCUUUUGAGUAUGGACAGAAUAUGGAUGGUAAAUAUGAUUUCCGAAAGUGCGUAGGCUUAAAAGUGAAGCCCCGCAAAGGCGAUGGCCUUCUUUUCUACUCACUUUUGCCGAACGGUACGAUCGAUCUGACCUCACUUCAUGGGAGCUGUCCAGUGAUCAGAGGAGUAAAAUGGGUGGCGACAAAGUGGAUCAGGGAUCAAGAACAAGAAGAUGAAGAAGACUGAACAUAUGCCUGCUUCUUCUACACACAAAACAUGAAUUACUCUGUAUAAUUUCAACACAAGUUUUUCUGCACUUUUUAUACUCGAAUUUAUUAUUCGUAUGCUCCACCCGUACUCUAAUAAAGUUGACAAAUAAGUAUUGCAGAGUUAAAAAAGAGAACAAAAAUUGAAAGGUGUAUCGUUGGAAUUUGUUUAGUUGGAAUUUGUUUAGACGAGAGAGAUAUAUUGUGUAUUUGAACAAAGUAUGUGAAUUUGCACUGACCUCCCAAAAAUGUCCUUUUUGAUAAAGGAACUCGUGAGAU